AUGAUGGAUAGAAGCAAUCUGAGUGAGAUGGAUAGUAUUGGUGGUUACUACACAUGGUCUAACAAGCAUAAUGAGAAUGUUAUUUACUUUAGGAUUGAUCAUGUUCUGGCUAAUAUGGAAUGGUAUAAGAAAUACAUUCAUGUCAGCCUUAACGUUUUGGCUCCUAGUGUUUCAGACCAUGCUAUACUUCUUUUAAAUAGUCAUGAGCUAGACAGACAAAAGAGGAUGAAUCAUUUCAAGUUCCUGAAUAACGUGAAUGAUAUGGAUGGUUAUCAAAAGGAAGUACCCAAUAGGUGGAGGGCCCCUCUUAAUGGCAGGCCUAUGUAUGUCUUGUGGAAGAAGCAAAUCAGGGUUCAUGCUAGUAUCAGAGCUCUUAGAAAACCUCUGAUAGGGGCUUCCCACUCCAUGAAGAAUGCUAGAAUUCACCUGCUGGAUGCUCAAGAUAGGCUUAUGCAUGAUGGGGACAAUCCUGAUCUUAUUAAAGAGGUUAAAGAUAACACUGAAGAGGUCUUUAAAUGGAGUGAGAUUGAAGAGAAAAUUCUCAAACAGAGAUCUAAAAUCAUCUGGUUAAGGCUGGGGGAUGGCAAUAACAUAUAUUUCUAUGCUCAAGUCAAGGAUAAACGUGGUCACAAUGAUUUGACAACUAUCUAUAAGGAUGAUGACACCCUCCUAUCCAAUCAAGAAGACAUAUAA